UCAUUGUGUGUACAACUUUUCUCAUUUUAAAAUAAGAACACUGCACCUUUAAUUGCUUUACUCAUUAACAUCUGCUGUAGAAAGGCACAAGCCUAAGCAGUUUUUACGAAUGAUGUAGACCAAGUCAUGUAUGUGGCUCUCUCUCUCUCUCUCUCCACCCUCGACACAGCAGCUGAUGCUGAUGCUGAUAGGAGGACGCUCAUUCUGACUCUCACAUCCUGAGCGGCGACACACCGUCCCCUGCUCAUCCUGUAUUCUCUUCAUUGAACUUUGAGCAGAGCAUUCAUUUAUAGUCAGCAGCGUUUAGAGGAGCGAUGACAAGAGCAACCACUCACGAGAGAGAUUCAUUACAAUGACGGUCAUCAACGGAGGAGACGUACGUGGACACUAGAUCAGCUUGAACAGAGCAGGACACACAGGGCUUCUGAGUCUUAGGAGGAAGCGAGAACUAACAGCUCAAGCCAGUUACUAACGGGAACUGACCGCUUAUUGAAAACAGAUAUAGUGAGGGCGACUAUUUUAUUUAGUCAAUACAGGAGCAACGAACGGAGAGAAACCUGUAUCGCAGGAGCCAGAGAAGACCACUAAAAGUCCGUCUGAGGAAAGAUUUCAACUAACGGAGAGCUGAAAUUUGGAAGUUGGGUUAGACUACCAGGUCUCCGCAUACUAGAAAGCUAGUUGUCUGGCUGGAAACCUCCUCGCCUCGGACGCGCUGGGGAAUAGAUUCCUGACAUGAGCGACUAACAGCAUCGACAAACAACAACACAUCGGCGGAUAAACCGCACUGAUCCCUGCGAGCGACCACCUGUUUCCAGAGCAGACCAACCGGUGGUGUAAAGUUUUAGAAAUCCACAAACAGACUGCCCCAACCUUACCAUGCCUUUGUCCUUCAGUUCAUCUCGCCUUUUCCCCUUCUCCUUCAUUUCCUUGAUCCUCCCCGUCCUCCUCCUGUCUUUCUCCAUCCCUUCUCAAGCUGACUCCCAAGAUGUAGCCCAAUCUAAAUCCAACUGUUCUCAAAAUGACGUGUGUGAAGACGGGGUCCUUUUACCAAUGUGGAAUCCCCAGAAUCCCUCAGUUGGUGACAAAGUGGCCCGUGCCAUUGUGUACCUAGUGGCACUAGUCUACAUGUUCUUAGGUAUGUCAAUCAUUGCUGACCGCUUCAUGACUGCCAUCGAAGUUAUAACUUCUCAAGAAAAGGAGAUCACUACAAAGAGACCUAAUGGUGAAACGGUCACCACGACAGUUCGCAUAUGGAAUGAGACUGUCUCCAAUCUGACCCUCAUGGCUCUGGGUUCCUCAGCCCCUGAGAUUUUGCUUUCGGUCAUUGAGGUCUGUGGGCAUAAUUUUGAGGCCGGUACUCUUGGUCCCAGCACCAUUGUUGGAAGUGCCGCUUUCAACAUGUUCGUGAUCAUUGGCAUCUGUGUCUACGUGGUGCCUGAAGGUGAGAGACGGAAGGUCAAACACCUUCGGGUGUUUUUCGUGACUGCGGCGUGGAGCAUGUUUGCCUAUGUCUGGCUCUAUCUUAUCCUCUCCGUGUUCUCGCCUGGUGAGGUGGAAGUGUGGGAAGCAGUGCUGACAUUUCUCUUCUUCCCUCUCUGCGUGGUCCAGGCCUGGGUUGCUGAUCGACGAUUGCUCUUUUACAAGUAUGCCCAAAAGCGGUACCGAACUGAAAAGGGCCGUGGAAUUAUUGUGUCCGAGGGCGGCGAGGAAGUUGGCAAGGAGGCAGGAUUCACAAAGAUGGACAUGCUGGAAAUUGAUGGAAUCACAACUCAUCUGGAUGGAAUGUUGGGAGGGGAAAGCGGGCUUGGUGGACGUGAUCAAGAGGAGGAGGCCAGGAGAGACAUGGCCAGAACUCUAAAGGAACUGAAGCAAAGACAUCCUGACAAGGACAUGGAGCAGCUCAUAGAGAUGGCCAACUAUCAGGUUCUAAUACAGCAGCAGAAGAGCAGAGCUUUCUACCGCAUUCAGGCGACAAGGAUGAUGAUUGGUGCUGGGAACGUCUUGAAGAAACACGCAGCGGAUCAGGCCCGCAAAGUGGUCAGCAGUGGGGAACCUCGGGAGCAGGAGGAUGACCCUCUUGUCACAAGAAUAGACUUUGAACCUGCCCUCUACCAGUGCUUUGAGAACUGUGGGUCCUUAAAACUUACUGUGCAAAGGCAUGGAGGAGAUGCUGGGUGCACUGUUAAGGUGGACUACCGCACAGAAGAUGGCACAGCCAAUGCCGGUUCUGACUAUGAAUUUGCUGAGGGCACACUCGUCUUCAAACCUGGCGAGAACAUUAAAGAGAUCACCGUCGGCAUUAUUGAUGAUGACAUCUUUGAGGAAGAUGAAUACUUCUAUGUGCGCCUGAACAAUCCCCGUAUAGUCGGGUGGGCUGAUGGACAUCCUAUUACUAUGGAGACUGGAGCACCUGCUCCUAGUGCAGCCCUUGGUGAGGCCCACACGGCGACCGUGACGAUCUACGAUGACGACCACGCAGGAAUUUUCACAUUUGAAAGCGAGUCGGUGCGAGUUAGCGAAAGUAUCGGCAUCAUGCAGGUGAAGGUCCUGAGGACAUCAGGAGCACGUGGUCUGGUGGCUGUGCCAUACCAUACAGUGGAUGCGAUAGCUCGUGGAGGGGAAGACUAUGAGGAAGUGUCUGGAAAACUGGAGUUCCAGAACGAUGAGACAAUGAAAACAAUCGAGGUGAAGAUUAUAGAUGAUGAAGAGUAUGAAAAGAACAAGACCUUCAGUAUUGAGUUAGGAGAGCCAGUCCUACUAGAGAUUGGACAGAAACAUGGAGACUCUAAUGAGAAUAAGCCAGAGAUUGGGGCGGAGGAAGAGGAAGUAGCUAAGAUGGGAUGUCCUAGUCUGGGAGAACAUAACAGAUUGGAGGUGGUGAUUGAAGAGUCUUACGAAUUUAAGAGCACAGUGGAUAAGCUCAUUAAGAAGACUAACCUGGCUUUGGUAGUCGGCAGCAGUAGCUGGAGAGAGCAGUUUGUGAGCGCUGUAACUGUGAGUGCAGGUGACGAUGAUGAGGAGGAAAGUGGUGAAGAGCGUCUUCCAUCCUGCUUUGAUUACAUCAUGCACUUCCUCACAGUCUUCUGGAAGGUUCUCUUUGCCUUCGUCCCACCCACAGAGUAUUGGAAUGGAUGGGCAUGCUUCAUUGUGUCCAUCUCUUUGAUUGGUGUCCUGACGGCGGUCACAGGCGAUCUUGCUUCCCACUUUGGGUGCACUGUUGGCCUGAAGGAUUCAGUCACCGCUGUGGUCUUUGUUGCCCUGGGAACAUCUGUCCCAGACACUUUUGCCAGUAAGGUUGCUGCCAUCCAAGACCAGUAUGCAGACGCCUCCAUUGGUAAUGUGACGGGCAGCAACGCUGUCAAUGUUUUCCUGGGCAUCGGUGUGGCGUGGACCAUAGCUGCUGUAUACUGGCGUACCAAGGGCAAAUCUUUCCACGUUGAUCCGGGGUCUCUCGCCUUCUCUGUCACACUCUUCAGUGUUUUGGCUGUGGUGUGUGUCAGCGUUCUGUUGUAUCGCCGGCGCCCCUCAGUGGCUGGAGGAGAGCUUGGCGGUCCUCGGACUUGCAAGAUCUUGACGUCCAUGUUCUUCAUCUCCCUCUGGCUGAUCUACAUCCUGUUGGCGUCACUGGAAGCGUACUGCCACAUCGCUGGAUUCUGAGGCAACGAGGCCUCAUAUUAUUUCUGUUUGGAGAGGAAUAUAAAUAAUGGCCAGUGAAGGAGCAAUUUUUCAUUGUAUUUAUUAGAUAUUUAUGUUGAAAACUUUUAACAGGUCUGAUAAGUCAGUUUUUGAAAUCAUCCAUUUUCUUCCAUAAAGGGAUAGUUCACCCAAAAAUAAUAAUUAUGUCAUCAUUCACAGCUUUUAUGUUGUCGCAAAGAACAUAAUAAGUGUUUUUUUUGUGUGUUUUUUUUUUUGAGGGGGGUACUAUAUGAAGGUGAGUAAAUGAUCACAGAUUUUCCUCUUUUUUUUUUUUUGUAUGAACUGUCCCUUUAAAUUAGUUAAUACAGUAUCUUACACAUCAUUCCUUGUUCCCUUGCCUUACACUGUCCGUCUCAGUAUCCGUCUCUCAGUGCUGUCUUAAAUCAAUCCUAAAGAGUAACCAAUGCUUCAUGUCUUUUUGUACUCCUGUGUGAGCCAAUCCGAGCCUUCAGUUACUGAAUGAAGGGGUUUACUUUUUUGAACUCUUUUUAUUUUUCAUGUUAAGUGUCAGUAUUACUCUUGUGUAACUGUAAUGAUGAUAUUUUAAAAGAUAUUUAAAUUGACAGAAUGACUAAAUGUGGACUUUCAAUUGUUAAGAGAAGACUGAACAAACGUGCUCGACUUAAUAUCGCUUGUGUUAGAAGAAAAGCAUGUUUCAGGACUAAAUAUGAAUCGGACAGAUGGUCUGAAAAGCAUGUCGAGUUCAUAACUAAUCAUAUAUCAUGAAUGAAUGGUGACAUUAUUGGGAAGUCAAACAGCGAAAAGGAAUAAAUCAGAAAAUGGACUGAAAUAAUCCUCAAGUGGACGGAUGAGCAAUUGGAAAAUAAUGAGAGUGAUGGUGCUGCAUAUCAUUAAAAAUAAUUCUAAUUUAAAUAUGUAUGUAAUGUGUGUGUGUGUGUGUGUGUGUGUGUGUGUGAGUGUGUGUGUGAGAGAAACCACUCAACUUAUAAUAAACAGCUCAGCUGAUGUUCUCUUGAAAUAACAAACCAUGUAAUUGAUGUAAUUAGCUGUCUGUAUCUAUCUGUAUUUGCCUUGUCCCUUGAUGGUCACACUCCUUGACAUCAAAUGUUCAAUAGGAGAUGCUAGCCUGUUAACAUGAUGUGACAUUUGACAUGGUGACAAAUGUUCUUACUGACUGCGUACCAAACUGUAUCACCUUAAGUUCACCCGAAAGUUACAAUUCUGACAGCAUUUUACUCACUCUCAUGUGAUUCCAAACCCAUAUGACCUGUGAAACAUAAAAACAAAUUGCUUAGCAGAAUGUUUUCAUACGACAAAAGCAGAAAGUGACCACCCAUACAAAAGUACACUUCAUUUUAUUAAAAAUAAACCUUUUAUGUAACGGACUAAAACACGUCAUAAAAACACCUGGUCUAUAUAUAUAAUAGUCUAUAUAUAGUAAAUAUAAAGAUAAUCAUGUAUCUUCAGCAUUCAUGAAAUUCAGUACACAAGUCACAUUGACUACUUUUAUUUAUUCGUUUGUUUGAUUUUUGUCCUUUUUGGACUAAAUAUAUGGCUGUUUAGAAUGACAUGGGGGUGCACAUGAUCCAAAACAAACUCUGAACCUUUAUUUACCAGUGUUGACUGUUUUAUGAUGUUUGUUGCAGUGAAUUUUCAGUUGUCACUGUUUCAGUGUUCACUGUCUGUCUAUCUGUGUCUGACUUCUGUGUAAUUAUUCUGUGAGACAUUCAGGAAGACAGUGGGAGGGUGGCAGGCAUCGGCUCUGGCAACGUUUGAUGGAGACGGAGAGCACAGAAAAAGAGUGAAUGAGACAGAUUUAGCAGUAGCG